CUACGCACAGUCUCCAAACCACCAGCAGUAUCAUCACGAGCAUCGACAUCGUGCACCAUCACGCCAUCCCGGACACGACGACAACACUCCUUCUCCGUCACCCCAUCGUUCAGACCAUCCUCCAGUAUGCCCCAAAAGUCAGCCUUCGCUGCUCCAGAAAAGGUGCAGCAGUCACCUCAAUAUGCCGCCCUCGAAGGCCUCACAACCGGCGCCGCUGAAGCGAGUCCUCUCCAGCGCUUCUGCGCUCCCGUCGAGCAGAAGCUGCAAUCCAGCAGUCCCUCGGAUGAUGUCGAAGGAGAGCUGUACAAGGGCUGGAUAGCUGUCAUGUCCCGAGCUGCAGCCACAUCAUACACCGAGGGUGGACGAUCCGCUCUGGCUGCGUUUCUCGUCAGUCUCACGCAGAAAAGAGCAGAUGGCCAACAAGCGAAUAGCGACUAUGGCGUGGUGCACGGAAUGAAAGUGUGGCAAGAUCUACCACUGUUUGGGUGGCAAGUGAGAGAUGCGUGGAAUUUCGCUCCCGCCGACGAUAAAUCUCCUGCCUUAUCGGAAGAAUGGACAAACGUCAACGCAUUCAUAGCUACGCUCGUAAGCGAGCUCCACGACAAAGCGCACUCCAAUCCCGACCUCUCCGUCUUUGGCCUCUGGACCAUCCGCGACGCACUCGAGGAAGACAACAUCUCUGAUUCAGCUCUUGCCGCAGCGAGUGUGUGGUUCAUUUACGCUGCUCCGACGUUGCUCAGCUGGAGCAAGGAGCAGAAGUCUUACGAGGGGAAUGUUGCCAGGGGAGGGUUUGCGCACAAAGAUGCAGGUUGGACGGGCUAUUCGCCUGCGAGGUGGGCGGUAUGGCAGCAGAGGCUGAGUAGUCUUCAAGAAGAGGUGAAGGAGGAGGGGACGAGGGAGCUAGUGAAGCGGGCGAUUGAGACGAUUGGGAAGGCGAGGUGAGAGAUGAGCAGGAAGAAGAGGAAGAAGAGAAAGAAGAGAAAGAAGACAAAGAGAAAACAAAAGAACAAGACGAAGCAAAAUGUAUGAACAGAGGACAUGAUCCCACGUACCUGUACUGAUAUCGUU